AUGAACCCCGGAAAUGAUUUGGAUGUGUGUGUGCACAGCAACGGGUAUGCUAAAUCCACUGCUGAAUCACAUGACGCCGGAUCCCACGGGAGCGACUGUGUGUUUCAUGGAGAAGAUGACGCGCAUGGACUUGUAACUGGUGACGCCUCGCCCAUACUUUCCAGCGUCCGCACUGUGGAUCAUCAAGGCUGUUCGGGUUAUUCAUAUGAUGGUGAAUAUAUUAAUGGCCAGAGCGAAAGGAAUGAUGGAGGACGUAGUGGAAGCAGAGCAAACCCUCGAAUGCGGUCAUCUGUCACAAGUCUGCCAUCCGGCGGGAAGUCCAGCACACGGCCGAGCAAUCAAAACAUUGACAUUGUGACGCAGUUGCGCUUUGAGGCCAUAUUGUCCAACUUGCGGGCUUCCGGCACACGUCGCAGCCUCUCAGUGGGAUCAACGAGGCAAAGCUCUGCGGGAAGGAAACUUAUGCUCGACUAUUUGAUGGAGCGGGAGUUUAGACGCAGGGAUGUGAGGGAUCGUGCCAGCGUACAAGCAGCGCAAGGAGAAGAAGUUUUGGUCACUGAGGAAUUAAAGAAAGAAAAAGCUGCACUUAACCGAUAUGUAAAGUUGGAAAAUGAAAAGGUUAACAAAGUUGUGCAGCAUCGAACAGUGACGGAGAGCCGCUUGGCAAUGGCACGGCGUCGAAGAAUGCAAAUGGAGCGAGACCGGCAGUACAAGUUGGAUGGCCUUCGCGAGCAGUGGGAAAAGCGUCUGGAGCUUAGCGGCUCGAGGACAGUAUCAACAGCACGGGGAGUAAGACCAUCCUUCAAAAUUUAA